AUGAUGAUAGCUUUACUCUCAAUCUACGGUGAUGAAGAUGAUGAGAUGGAUGAUGAAGAACAAACAGCUCAUCCUCAUCUGGUUGAGUCAAAUGAUCAAGUAGAUACUGAUGGUGACAAUAACCAUGCUGUUAACAAAAUCCCAUCAGCCGAGGAAGAUGAUGCAUUUAUGGAUAUUUCAGAAGGGUCAAAAGAUGUUGAUCUAUUAAACAAGUUUUUACCUCCACCGCCAAAAGCCAAGUGCUCAGAUAAACUGCAAGAGAAAAUAAUCGAAUUUCUUGCAUUUAAGAAUAAGGGAAGAAGCUAUAAUGCAAAGCAAGGAUGUCUUUGA